AUGGCGACACAGGGCAUGGUCACCUCGUCUGCCAUCCCCACUAAUGAGACGGAUUACCCCAUUAAUGAGAAUGAUGAACUCACUAAUACAGUUGAUGACCUCACUAAUGAGAUUGAUGGCAUGACUAUUAGAAGCUACACAUGUAAGAACAACUCAGUCCCCUACCAAGUGUCCCUGAAUGCUGGCUACAAGCUGUGUGGGGGGUCUCUUGUCAGUGACCAAUGGGUACUGACUGCUGCUCACUGCUAUAAGCCCCAAAUACAGGUUCGUCUGGGAGAAUUCGACAGUCACGAAGCUGAGGGUAGUGAACAAAUCAUUAAUGCGGCCAAGAUCAUCCCCCACCCCAAGUACAACAAUGAUACCACCGAUAACGACAUCAUGCUGAUUAAACUGAACUCGCCAGCCGCCAUCAACUCUCAAGUGUCCACUGUCUCUCUGCCAAGCUCCUGCCCAUCUGUUGGUACUGAGUGCCUUGUGUCAGGCUGGGGAGACACAGUGAGCAUUGGAAACAUCAUCUCUUCAGAUCUCCGUUGUCUGAAUAUCCCCAUCCUGUCGGACCCCGUUUGCCACACUGCCUACCCACAUCGUAUCACAAACAACAUGUUCUGUGUUGGCUUCCUAGAAGAGGAAAAAGAUACCUGUCAGUUUGAUUCCGGUGGCCCUGUGGUCUGCAAUGAAGAACUCCAAGGUAUUGUCUCCUGGGGCACCAGUUGUGAGAAAGGGAAGCCUGCUGUAUACACCAGGGUGUGCAACUACCUGGACUGGAUACAACAGAUCAUUGAGGCUAACUAAGUAUCUUUCCCGAGCCACCCUCC